AUGAUUGGUGUUGGCAUCGAGCGCCCCGGAUAUGACCAGUUCCAGCUCACUCGCAAGACAAGCUUCGUCAACGGUUUCACCGCGGUCACCAACAUUGUUUUUGCGUACUGUGGUCAUCCCGCCUUCUUUGGUUUCAUCGCGGAGAUGAAGAACCCACAUGAUUUCCCCAAGUCCCUGUGCAUGCUACAGGGCUUCGAAAUCAUCCUGUACACCGUCGCAUCGGCCGUCAUCUACCGUUACGCCGGACAGGACGUCGCCUCUCCCGCUCUGGGCUCCGCUGGUCCAGUGGUGCGGAAAGUCGCCUACGGUGUUGCCAUCCCAACCAUUGUCAUCGCUGGUGUGGUUCUGGGCCACGUGGCCAUCAAGAACGUUUACGUGCGCAUGCUUCGUGGAACCGAGUUGAUGCACAAGCGGAAUUGGAAGAGCAUUGGUGUCUGGAUCGGUUUGGCCGUCGUCUUCUGGGUCAUUGCCUGGGUCAUUGCCGAGGCCAUCCCCGUGUUCAGCAACCUGCUCAGUCUGGUCAGCGCUCUCUUUGUCAGUUGGUUCACUUUCGGUCUUCCCGGUGUCUUUUGGCUUUACAUCUACAAAGGCCAGUACUUCGCCUCGCCGAUGAAGAUCUUCCUCACCCUGUGCAACGUGUGCUUGUUUAUUUUCGGUGUCAUGAUCUGUGCCCUGGGUCUCUGGGUUUCCGGCGUGGCAAUCCACAACGACAAAUCUCACGGCAGCUUCACCUGCGCCAAUAACGCCAUUUAA